CGGGAACCGCCGAGGCAGAGAAGAUGGCGGCGGCGGCGGCACAGGGCGGGAGGUCUGGCGGCGGCGGCGGCGGCGGCGGCGGCGGCGGCGGGACCGGCAGUAGCCGAGGGGGCCUGCUGGAUAAGUGGAAGAUUGAUGACAAACCUGUGAAAAUUGACAAAUGGGAUGGAUCAGCUGUGAAAAAUUCUUUGGAUGAUUCUGCCAAAAAGGUACUUCUGGAAAAGUACAAGUAUGUGGAGAAUUUUGGUCUGAUUGACGGUCGCCUCACCAUCUGUACCAUCUCUUGUUUCUUUGCCAUAGUAGCUUUGAUUUGGGAUUAUAUGCACCCAUUUCCAGAGUCCAAACCUGUUUUGGCUUUGUGCGUUAUAUCCUAUUUUGUAAUGAUGGGAAUCCUGACCAUUUAUACCUCGUAUAAAGAGAAGAGCAUCUUCCUCGUGGCCCACAGGAAAGAUCCUACAGGGAUGGAUCCCGAUGAUAUUUGGCAGCUGUCCUCUAGCCUCAAAAGGUUCGAUGAUAAAUACACCCUGAAGCUGACCUUCAUCAGUGGGAGGACAAAGCAGCAGCGAGAAGCUGAAUUCACCAAGUCCAUUGCUAAGUUCUUUGACCAUAGCGGGACGCUGGUCAUGGAUGCGUAUGAGCCUGAAAUAUCCCGGCUCCAUGACAGUCUCGCCACAGAAAGGAAAAUAAAAUAGUCGAUGCUUAAAGCAGCUGAAUUACAGGCUGAGAGGGGAAGAAAUAGAACAUAAAAUGGUUAAAGGUAGAAAUGUUUAAAAAAAAAAAAAGUCCCUGUUUGUCCUGAGUUUUUAGACCAUUAUGGAUAAGUAGGAUUUUCUAGCUCAGACGUGAGAAAUUUAGCUGUGCUAUCUAGCUCUAGCCUCCUUGGUCUGCUGAUUGCAUUGUUUUAAUUUGCUUUUCUAGAAAAGCAUUUUUGCUAAAGCUGUACAGAGUUCUUCCUUAUCACGUAGCAGUACUUUAUAGCUUUGUGCCAUGCAACAUUUGAAGACUUGACUUUUAAAAUCAAUCUUUUGCUGGCUUCAUAGUGUUACUUCCUAUUUCAAUAGCUGUUUCUCUUAAUUCAGGACACAUCUUCUCACGUAUGACAGCUUUCCUUCACACACACCGUUUUUGUGGGUGUGUGUAUCACUUGGGGAGAACUGGGUGGGGGGAACAUAGCUUUUUAAUUUGUUUAAAACAAACCUCUGCCUGUUACAUUUUGUGCUCUUAACCAAUUAAAGAAGCCAAUGGCAUUUUCAGUUUUAUAUUGUCUAUGUUCUCCACUAGUAAUAUCCCUAUUGAUUUGUUUGUGCCCUUUAUUAACUGCCAUUUUCUAAACUUUUUUUCAAUAAAAGGAAAGAUGUGAAAAAA